UCGCGCGCUAGAAAGCGUCAGGGGCUCGAGCUGCUGUCUAGUUAGGGCGCUGACUCGUGUUUGAGACGCCGCCCGUGGACACGCCGCUGACUCCUCGCGUUCACUCGCGCUGAGCGAAAGUUGGAAAUCGCGAUCACUGUAUCGAUUCUUAUCGCGGUAAAGAGUUCUUUAAACUUCACGAAUAUAUUUCUCUUCGUCUCGUGUGAUCAGGAUUUAAUGUUGUGGAUUGUUGACUGCGGAUGUUUUGAACAGUGAUGAGCGGUGUGAUGUGAUGAAGAGGACAUGUUGAGCGAAGGUGGAGGCCACAGACAUGCCUAGACACAACAUGGAUCUCCAGAGGAGUCAGUGGGAGCCUGUCCAGAAAUCACCUUGGAUCACGCGAUUGGUCGCGGAGCAAAGUCCCGCCUCUUCAGGAGCGGAGUCAGACACCGAGGGCAGCAGCACAGAGAGUGAACGUUCUCAAAUCAAAGAACCCAGAAGAGAAGCUGCAAAGUCCGUGGCGUCACCCUCAGUGGUACAACAGCGAAUCACAGAGCUCGACCAACAGAGAGAGGAGCUGAAAAUCGAGCUGCAGCUGGAGGUCGCGCUGCUGCAGGGAGAGCUGCAGACGGAGCAGGAGCGUCUGCGCAGACACACAGAGCAGCUGCAGGUGUUGCAGGAGAAGGACAGACAGAGAAAGUGCCAGCGCUUGGCCUGCAGACAGAAGGAGCGUGUGCAGCUGGAGAAGGAACGUCUGAAAGUGGAGGAGAUGAAGAGCAGGUGUGACGAGCUGGAGAAACAGAUUCCCACACAGCCGGAAGACCUGCGAGAACAGAUGCUGCUUCAGCUGAAGAAGGACAGAGAUGCUUUUGAAGUGUCGUUGAGAACGUUUGAAGACAUGGAGUUUCGUGUUCUGGAGUUGGAAAGCGGAGUAGAAGACGAUGGAGAGGAGGGCGAGAGGAGCACGUGUGAGACGGUGAUAGAGCAGGACAUCUCCAGAGUCCAGCAGAACCUCCACACAUCACAGGAGCGGGUCACACAGCUGGAAGAACAACUGAUGAAGAUGGAGAAAGAGCGAGACGAUGAGCUGAACUCCCUCAGACAGGAGAAAAGAGAGCUCCUUCACAGAUCCCAGAGGAUUUUAAAAGAGAAGAAGCCUCUCACCGAUUGGUCCAACAUUACCAGCUCCACCCCCUGCGUGAUGUCACUGUCCCCCGUGAGCGUUCACAGAGCGGCACAGGACUCACUGAAGGAGGCUUCCGGUUUCCCCCGUAGACGUAGCUCGCACAGGAAAGUCCCAGACAGACCUCUCUCUGCACAAGUGUUGGUGAGGAUGACUCCAGCCAAACAGAGCAGUGAUGUCGUGUCCCCUCGUCUUCAUCACUCCUCUCACAGACUGAGUAACGGACUGAGAAUGGGUCACAGCGACUCCUCACAGACGCCCUGCAACAGCACAAACACCUCCCGCGCUCCCAGUCCUCAAAGUCUGCUGGAUCUGGUGGAGAUGGAACGGAAGGUCAGAGAAGCCAAAGCAGAGAGAGAGCGUCUGCUGAGAGAGAGAGAGGAACGCCGCCAUCUGCUGGAGGAAGAACAGAAACAGAGACGGAGAGAUGUUAACUCUUUAAUAGUACAGACACAUGAAUCAACAGCAGAAACUAACGCUGAACAACACAACUCAACACACAGCACACAGCUGGAGGUGCGUCUGCUGUUUUCUCAAUUGUUUGUGUUAUUCAUGCUUUUAUUGUGUUGGGUCAUCCUUGUCGUUCAGCAGAGCGUCCCGCUUUCUCUGAAGGCAAACUUUGACCUGCGCUGUCAUGUGGAGGCUCUGGGUCACAACGUGAGCGGAUGCAUGGGAGUGAAUUUGUCUCCGCGGAGGUGCGGCGGCUUUCUGACUAAGCGUGGAGGUCGCGUGAAAACAUGGAGGAGAAGAUGGUUCAUCUUUGACCUGGACCACCAGCGCCUGGCGUAUUACACUGAACUGGAUGAGAAGAAACUGAAGGGGGUGAUUUAUUUUCAGGCUGUUGAGGAGGUUUAUUAUGAUCAUCUGAGAACAGCCACGACAUCUCCGCGGCCGAGUCUCACCUUCUGUGUGAAAACAUACGAGCGUCUUUUCUUCCUGGUGGCUCACAGCGCUGAAGCCAUGAGGAUCUGGAUGGAUGUGAUUGUGACGGCCACAGAUGAGCACAGCAGAUACUGACCAGCAGUAAACACACUGUUCAGUGCAUUCAGUGUUAAAUGUCAGCUCUGUUACUGUCCUCUACUGUUACACCAACAGAACAACAUCAAACGCUGCACUGGGUUAAAUUUCUUACACAUUAUUUAUUAUUGUCACAAAUAUUGUAUAUUUUGUAAUGGUGGGAAUUGGGGGAUAAAAAUGAAUGACUGUUAUGUUAUGAAACAUUUACAUUCCAAACAGUUUGUGGGGACUUCUGCAUGUGCCAAGGACUGAUUCAUGUCAAACCAAUUGAAUGGUUGAUGAAAAUGAUUUGCCAAGAAUAUUUACAAACAAUAACAAAAUAAAAAUGCUGUUUUUGUUAUUUAAUGUGACUAAAUUGUUCUUGUAAAAUACAAUGUGGCCUUUUAAAGUUGUAUAUUAGAUGUAUAUGUUCUAUUGUUCAGUGGAUGAGAAGGCUUUUUGUAUGUUUUGAUGUUGUUAAGUGAUAUGAAUGGAAACACCACUGAGUCCAGUCAAACCCACAGGAGAUAUAAACACUACAAUUCAUAUGUUCAUGGUCAUGUUCUUUCAUUUGAUGGUUAUUUUAGAAUAACAGCAGUCAUCACAAAUACGAAAUAACACAAAUGUAACUUUGAGAAUUAUGUUGUGAGUCAGGAAAAUGCAAAAUAAAGUGUAUAAAAGAAUACUAAUAAAUAAAAAAUGAAAGAUAAUUUA